AUGAAGACGGUGACUAUGGAGGCUGGGCUGGGUCCGAUGCCGGUGCCCCGUGCAGAACUGAAGCUGGUUCGACUGUUGAGCCGGUGCGAGGCGAUGGCGGCCGAUAAACGAAACCCGGAUGAGUGGCGAUUGGAGAAGUACGUAGCUGCUCUGGAGGAGAUGUUACUCACAUUGAAGAAACACCCCAGCAAACUGGCUCCUGAAGUACUGAAUGAAUAUUCUCGUAAGGUGGAUUUUUUAAAAGGCUUGCUGGAAACAGAGAAAUUGUCAUCUUCUUCUGAGAAAGCAUUGGCAAACCAGUUUCUGGCUCCGGGAAGAACUCCUACCACGGCUAAAGAGAGGACCCCAGCAACGAAAACCGUGCAUCUACAGACCAAGGCCCGCUUUAUGGGCGAGAUGAGGAAUGAGCUGCUUGAUUUGGAAGAGAAAAAUUUAAGGAAACGCAUGACUCCAGUUCCUGAUGAGAAGCAGUCAGCUGCUGAACUGGAUGCAGUCCUGCAGCAUCAUCACACCAUCCAGGAGAAGUUAGCUGAAGAGAUGUUGCACCUGGCACGCAAUCUCAAGAACAACACUCUUGUGGCACAGAAUGUGAUUAAGCAAGAUAACCAGACCUUGACGCAGUCACUCAAGCUGGCUGACCAGAACUUUGAGAAAUUGAAGGAUGAAUCGGAUCGCCUGGAGCAGCAUGCCAAGAAAUCUGUCAACUGGUUUCUCUGGCUAAUGUUGAUCGUUGUCUGUUUCAUUUUCAUCAGCAUGAUCCUGUUCAUUAGAAUCUUCCCAAAACUAAGAUGAUUUCUGGGCUGUUAUCAACAGUAUCAGCCUGGCACCUUGGCUUCUCUUAUCUUCUUCAUUGAACCCAUCAAACCUUUGCUGGGCUUUUGUAACUUGGUGAAAAUGCUCAAUGGGAGAAUAAUUUGAUUGCAACUUCAUAGAAUCUAAGAUGAAAUGUUCUCCUCCUGCUUGAAAGACUGAAUAGGAAAGCUAUUGUUGCAUUGUUAUAGCAGGAUUAAGCAAUUUAUGGGACAUAUGCAACAGCCCAGAAGUUCCUGUUUUUGUGGCCUGCAGCCCCCAAGAGGUGGCACCCUAUUUUAAAUAACAAAAACUAAAGGGAGGGGGGGGAGAAGCAAUAGAAGUGGAGCUUCUGAAUUUAACAUAUCUAUUUAGAAGCAAAUAAUCCUCCAAGGAAUGUGGUGACCCACUGUGGGGGCAAAAUAGUAACAAAUCUCUUGGUUAGCAAAAGUUUUCCAUUCCUGAAUUACAAUUCAACAAAGGGUUCUCUUUGCUGCUGGCAAGAAACAGAAUUAGGUGAAUUGAAAUCUCAUGAAAAUAGAAGGUCACUUCACCUACUGAGGUUGGGGUGUGGGGAGGGGGUGUGACAGAAAGAGCUGUUCUUAAUGACUUCUCUUUCACAGUCUCAAAAAUAUUGCUUUGACCAUCUGCUUCAUUGGCAAAGUGCUCCUUAGCAAUACAACCAGCCUGGGCUGUACAGCUUUCCCAAUUUUCUUUGUUUUGGAAUGCUGAAAUACUCCUUCAUGAAUAUAUCUGCUAGUCCCCCACCUGUUUCUGGGGGCUAUGUUCUUUGUGGGACAUGGUUGCAUUUCUAGGUCAUGGCAGAUUGGCAGUUAAGUGACCUUGACAAAUGAAAAAGACGGCACUAUCAAGUUUUUGGAGUCAGUGCUGCUUCAUGGAAGUUUGACCUCUCUGGGGGCCUCCCCAAAUUUGGCUCUUGCAGCAAUAUAAGGCUGAGGGCACCCCCUUUAUCCAUUUGAUAUAUUGACUCAGAGGAGGCUGUAAGGGAAGUAUUCAGAUUUGCCAAUUGAAGGCAGAUUGGACCUCAUCUAAAUGUACGCUUAAGUAUGAACUCAUAGACCGCUGGACUGUGGAUGUUGUUCCUUUGCACAUUCCAAAGAAAUGGUAGAGCAAAGAAGUGGGCAAGUGGAGGUAUUUUAUGGGCACUUUUCAUUAACUACCAUCCUGAAAGUACCGCACCAGCAGUGUGGUUAAUAAUCUGUAGGAAACAGCAACUCCCCCCAAUUGGGCCUCAGCAUUAUAACUUGGCAUUUACACAGCAGAAGGGAUGGGCACAAAAAGGUGCAAUCCCUUCAGGGAGAGGAGUGUCGCCGCCUUUGCUGUUCACGCAGAAGCUGCUACUGUGGUUAUGCUGUAAUUUCUGAGCCUGUUCCCCCUGUUUCCUACCCCCCUCCCGACCUCCCCAGUUAAGAAGUGCUGACUUGGAGUCGGCUCAUUAAGCUGUAGAUGAGGCUGGCAGUUAACCCGAAUUGCCUUUAUGCUUGUUGCAUGGUCAGCUUCCAUGUCACAACUUGCACAGUUACAAAUUGGUGGUAACUCUGAUGUAUUUUAUUCUCUUGCAAGUUGCAGGCAAGAGGCUCUUCGAGGUAAACCUUGAGAAGGGAGCUUUGCGACUCUCCUAGUGUCAUAAACAUAUGGUAAGAUCAUGGAAAUGUCAACCCCGCUGGAUCAGAAUGCAACUUUUGGCCUUCGCUAAGAUAAAAAGAGCCUGACGCCAGAUCAAAUCUUGGUCCACUGCAGUUGGGUAGCCAAUAAAUUUAAAUUAAUAAAAAGCCUGUAUGUGUAUCUGGAUCGGCCGUUUUCUAGGGCAAUAUUUUCCACGUAGCUAUUUUAAGAGGUAUGGACUUCAACUCCCAGUAUACCCCAGCCAGCAAUGUACCCAUCGCUUCUGCUGGCUGUGUAAAAGCUGUCUGGGUUAUUCUGGGAGUUGAAGUCCACACCUCUUAAAAUGGCUAAGAUUAGAAACCAUGCCCUAGGCCUGCAGAGGUCAAUCGCCAUCACCUACCGGGGACUGAUCAUGAAACCUACAUGCCACCAUGCGUUCUAUUGCUGUGUGAUGAUUCUCCAGAAUUUUGUUUGCUUUGGCAACUUGGCUUCUGCCAUUUCCAUUUUUGCUAUUACUGUCACAAUAGAGGAUCUUGAUAUUUCCUGUCUAAGCCAAAGAAGCUUUGGGAAAGAUUUUCCUUCUUUUAUAAUAGACCAGGAUCGCCAUCCUUCCUGCUGGUUCCUAUCAGUAGCUAGGAAGGGUGAAGUUGGAAGGUGAUGCAGAUGUGUUUCCAGGGUCAGUGCUUGCCAGGAGGUUUGGGAACAGAGGAACAUUAUGUUCCAAGCUUUCAGUUAUGGAACUGGUGACGAACAAGGAUAUCCUCUGGUUUAGGGAGUUAGAUUUAGAAAGUGGAGGUCAGAUAUAAUACAAAACUGGAACAUCAAUAUUGCUAUAUCUUUCCGGAAGCAUCCUUGCCUCAAUACUGAAAGAAAGUCAAGUCUUUGCAAAGUCCGCCCAUCAUGUAUCAUUAUAUUGAAUUGAGAUUGUUUGUGGAAAUCCAACUGAUCCCCCCGGAUUUAAUCUGGUGAUUUUGCACCCAUGGUUGUAAAAGUGACAUUUGUAGAUUCUUAACCCUGCAACAGGCAAAAGGACGGCAAUGAAAGUUUUGCAUAUAUUAGAUUCCUGAUUAAAUGGGUGAAGUCAGGCAUUCAAUAAGAAACAAAAACCUCAUGUUGAUGAGGGAAACAGCAAUAAAUCAAAAGAAAAAGAAAAGUGGGAAAUCUCAAAAGCACCUUGUUACUUCCAUGAUUUAAUAGUUGUACUAAAAAAAAAUGAAACCGCCCUAAACAGGGGGAAAUGUUAGUUAUUAUUAGAUGUGGCAUGGCAAUUGCCUUCUUCCCUCCUUACUGCCAAGGCAGCCCAUUACAUCUGACCUCAUGGGACUUAAUAGCAAUGAAAUGAAUCAGUUUCAUACAUUCAGUGGCUACUGGCUCCAAACCAUUGUAUAGUCUGUUAUCUUGAAAACUGUAAUAGUUUUGUGUGAUCUUAGUUACAGCAGGAACGGAUGACAGUGUCAAAUCUCAAGGGUGGUGGUCAGCUUGAUGGAUAAUGGGUUGUUUUAGAAAAGAGAGCGAGAAAUCUUACGGUGGAAAUUCAGGUAUCAUGAAACUUGGGCAGAUUCCUAGACCCUAAGCACGUUGACAAAAAUAUUGUUAUUUCUCAUGUGCUUGUUUUCUAGGGGAUUGGGAUGGCUUGUAGCUCAUUACUAAAGCUAGCCUCAAUUCAUGCUAUGAGAAACAAGAAAAAUUUAACCCAUCUAAAUGAUACUCCUUGUUGCAGAAUCAGAGUUGAAAGUAAAAGCUGCUCAACUGUGUAACUAAAAAUGGCAGGGCCCCUUUCAUUGUGUAUGUUCAGAGAGAGAUUAGACAGCUAUUUGUUGGGAAUACUAUAUUUCGGAGUCCUGUACUAAGCAGGGGGCAGGGACUUGAUUGCCUAAAUGACUGCCAGUUCUGAUUUUAUGAAUCAUUUGGCCAUUGAAUCCAACUACCUUGAUCCAUUCAAAAAUCCAAAGUCAGUAAACCACUUUCGGCAAUUGUCUAGUGUGUACUAUUGAACAGCUCUUUUUCUAAGAUUCAUUCAAAAUAUUAACAAAUAUUAUAUGUCCUGGCCCUGGGAUGAUGGGCCAGGUCAGGAGUCCUACAAUUGUUGCUCUGAGUAUUUAAAAUUAACUACUUUAAGUCUGAGGUGCUCACUCCAUUCUACUCAGCUUUAAUUUCCCAUAGCUUAAAUUCAUUGUGAUUGUGUCUAUAUUUUCCAUAUGGAAUAUUAAAAAAAAGAUAAAAAAUAUUUAUCUUUUACUGUUUUCCUUCACCCUCUGAAAGAAAAUUACAGUAUCAAGACAAAUUAGGAAUUUCCUGGAUGAAGUAAAUUGGCAGAAUUUGUCUCCCAACAUAUAUCAGCAUAAAGGAAAUUUUUUUAUCACACUUUAAAAGACCUGCCAUUUAUUCAAAGUAAAAAUCACCACAUGUUCUUCAUUGGACAAGGCAACAUCUUUUUCUAAUUCUUCUGCUUAUUAUAAACAACUUGUAUUUUUCAGCUGCUGGUUUCUGCUACAGUUAUUAUUUUGCCUUUGUACACUAAUAACUGUUAUUUCUCAUACUCUGAGCAUUAUUGGAUAGUAAAAUAAAAGUUAUAAACUCUG